AUGGCGGCGCGACAGUUACACACCGUCCGAGUCCUCCGCGGCAGCACGACCUGUCAAGCUUCGUUUCCAUCUCUCGGAGCUCUCCCAGCGCUCCGAACCCGACAACUGCAAAUAUGCCCUCAAGGCCGAUGCACACCGAUACAUGACGGUCUCCGGCUCCAGGCCUUCGUACGAUACCAAUCGACCGAACAAGGCCCCGGGAAAUCGCGGCCGAUCUUUAGACAGCCCCCUCCCCCAUCAAUCGGCGCCAUCCUUCGCAAGGCGUUCGACUUCUCUGGCCUGUUCUCCAUGUUUAACAAGGGCGGCUUUCGGAACGCGGCUCGCCAAAACCCCGGCGAACUCAUAUUGGCCAUUCUAACACUCGGUGGAGUAUCAGGUAUCGUCCUCUACACGGUAUACCUCUACUUCAACUACUUCAACGCGCCGCAGUUCACAAAGUUCCCCGACCCCAUCGCAAAGUCGCUCCGCCGCGCCCUCUACUACACCAACAUCAAGCCCGAUCCCAAGCUAGCGCAAAAGUACUACAAGCGCGCCCUCGAGCAGUGCAAUGAGCUUCGACUCGACCCCUUCUCGGACGAUGUUCUCGGCAUCAGGAUACAAACCGCAGCGUGGCUGGAAGGCAUUGGGAAUUAUAGCGGCGCCAUCAUGGUUCUGGGCGGCAUCGUCCAGGACUGUCUGCGAUGGGUGGAUUGGAUGGAGAAGGGCGUGGCGGAUGGCUCUCUUCCCAAGUCUGGCAAGGUCCCUAUUCCUAAGCCACCUGCCGAGGAUCAACAGAGCACUCCCCCUACCGGAGAUGCUCCUACCGAAGAAGCUGAGGUCGAAUACCUCCCCGAGAAUUUGUGGAGGAAACGAAAUAGGCUCCUCGCAAAGUGUGUCGGAACCAGUGUGAAGCUGGGCGAGCUGAACGCCGAUGAGCACGUUCUGCAGUCGGAGGAGUCUCAGUCCCGUCUCACCUGGGCUGUGGAGACUGCUCUUAGGGAGUUCAAGAGGCGACAUGACGAGGGAGAGAAGGAGGAUGAAGGUCCCUGGAUGAGCCCAACCGAGAUUGGUGGUGCUCUCGAAUCUCUCGCCCGGAAUUACGAGAAGAAAUCUCAGUUCCAGCUGGCUAUCCCGUUGCUCUUCCAUGCCCUCCGAUUAUGCGAGGAUCCAUGUCAUAGACCCGUUCUCAUGAACAACUUAUCCGCAGCCUUCGCCCAACAUACACCUUUCCUUCCCCUCAUCGUCCCCGCACCUCCCACAGACUCGUCGCAAGCCGACCCAUCAUCACAACAGCCGCCCAGUAGAGAAUACCUCCUCCAAUCCGCCCUCAACUGGGCCACCAACGCCUACACCCACGCCGUAGACGUCAAGGGUGACGCCCGGACCAGCGAGUGCGACGAGGCGUGCGCCGUCGCCCUGUGCAACCUCGGUGACAUCUUUGCUAUGUCGGGGAAGCCCGCCGAGGCGCGCCGCAACUACGAGCAGUGCAUUAGGAUGAGCAAGGAAUUGGAAUUCCCUGAAGGAGUUAAACAGGCGCAGGCCGGAUUGGAUCGUCUGGGUAAGACGUCCUGA